AUGGGGAAGGACGCCGAUCUCCUGGAGGCCGCGAGGAACGGGAACCUGCAGGUGGUGGAGAAGAUCCUCAGCGCCAAGUCCAGGAGGUCCGGACCCCUAGCCAGCUUACGGCGGGGUCCUGGUGCCAAUGUGCAGGACAGCAACGGCUACACGGCACUCCACCACGCGGCGCUCAACGGCCACAAAGACGUGGUGUCGCUGCUACUGGCCCAUGAGGCGUCGUGCAAUGUGCAGGACAGCAAAGGGUCGACGCCCCUCCACCUGGCGGCCUGGGCGGGGCACACGGAGGUGGUGAAGAUCCUCCUCCACCAGGGGCCUUCCAUCUCUAACGUCAACCACCAGUCACCCUCGCUUCCUCCUCACUCACACGCGACAGAGGACAGCGGCAGCACAUGCAUCACUCGCCGCCUCUCGACACGAAGGGCGGCGUUGAUAGUUGAAGACACAUAUGUAGUGGUUCUUGGUCCUCAUGAAACCUGCUCAAACCGCCUAACAAGUCACGUCAGCAUCAGCGGCGUGGGGCAAUCAGUUAUUGUCGAGGGACACGUGGCCGCCUCUCAGAACAAGGGUGGCGAGACAGCCCUGCACUGUGUGUCGCAAUAUGGCCACACGGAGGCGGCGCAGCUCCUCCUGGCACGCGGCGGGGACCCCACCGUGCCCAACCUGCAGGCGGAGACGGCGCUGGACCUGGCGGCGCAGUACGGGCGCAUCAACACGGUGGAGGUGCUGGUGCGGGCCCACCCGGACCUCCUGCGGCCGUACACCGUGGCCGCCGCCAGUGCCGCCGUCUUCCCCCACACGCCCCUGCACCGCGCCUCCAGGAACGGCCACAGGGAAGUAGUGAAGCUGCUGCUGGCGCGGGGCCACCACGUCAAUGUGCGCACAGGGCAGGGAGCGCCCCUCCACGAGGCCGCCCUCUGUGGCAAGGCUGGUGCGGACGCCGAGGUGAGGAACGACCGAGGCCACACCGUACUGGACACCAUCGCCCUCAUCAACACCCCCAUCACCCAGGAAAUCACCAACCUUAUCAAAUACCACGGGCAUCUCAUUGAACUGGAUGACGAGGACGAGGACCCCGGCGAUCCCCCCUCUUGGGCUCCCCCCGUGUGGCCGCCCUCCUCGUGGUCUCCCCUCGCCGCGCCCGCCAUCCCCGCGGCCUCAGAGCUGGGGUCGCCCUACGAGAAUGUCCUCAUCCCCACCAUCGUCCACCCAGAGAUGUCAGUGGAAGGGCGGUGUCUUCUGCUGUUCCUGCUGCUGCUGAGUGCCAUGUCGCCAUCACCGCUGCUGCUGCGCUGCUUCUACCUCUGUCUGCUUCUGGGAUGUUGUCGGUGGCUCAGAUCCCAGCCUGGCAUCACCUGA